AGCCAAGGACAAUUCAAGCGUUUGUUAAUUUUUACACAAAAAAAGGAAAAAAAACAAUGAAACAAAGUGUAAAAUGAAUGAAAAUGAAGUGUUCAUAUACCGUAGUAUUUUUACUAUUUUACUUGCUUAUUGCGAGUUUCCACGUGGAUGCUCUUAGUUGGGCGGCAUGGAGUCCUUGGAGUUCGUGUACUAAAACGUGUGGUGGCGGAGUUUCUCGUCAGUUACGACGUUGUUUGACAUCAAAAUGCUCAGGAGAAUCAGUUCGAUUCAAAGUUUGUGCUCAAAAAACUUGCGAGUCAAAAUCUAGAUUAGCUAGGGAUACAAUAUGUGGAGGAGAGGAAAUAGUCUCCAGGGGACAGUGCGAAGUGGUAUGCCGAUCACGCUUAACUGGUGCAAAUUUUCUUUGGAGAGUUGAUGAUGGAACGCCGUGUCAGGCCGCAACAAGUAGAGCUGUCUGCAGUAAAGGGUCUUGUCAGAUCGUUGGCUGUGACGGAUUGAUUAGUUCAUCUUUUCGAUUUGAUGCCUGUGGAGUAUGUGGAGGACGAGGGGAUACGUGUGACAAUGGAAAGUUCAUUUGGAAAGUUUCCGAAGAAUACACUGCAUGCGCUUCAAAUUGUGAUGAUAUAGUUGACUGGUCAGGUGCUGGACGUUCAAUUGCUUCAACUAGUCAACCAAUUGUUGUAUGUGUAAAUGCAAUAACUGGAAGAGUUGUUCCUGAAAAGUUAUGUGCUGAUAAAUUGAGACCGAAAGUUGAAGCAAGACCAUGCCCAAUGCUGAUUUGCCCUUCAAGAUGCCGAUGGAUGGCUGCAGACUGGACAGAAUGUGUACCACAUUGUGGUGAAGGGACAAGAAAAAGAGAGGUUUACUGUGUACAGACGGCGCAUAAUGUUACAGUACAUGUUCCUGAUACCUUCUGUGAAAAUGGAACAAGACCGGCAGCCGAAGAAAACUGUGUAUCAACAUCAUGUGGACGAUGGGAAGCCGGAAAAUGGUCAAAAUGUACAGCUUCGUGUGGCCAAGGAGUGCGACGACGUCACGUGGCAUGUGUUGGAGGUUCAGAUUGUGAUGAAGGAGGACGUCCAAGACAAGAGACAACAUGUUAUGCUGGAAUACCAUGUAGUAUUGCAACAAAUAGUCUGGACUGGAAUGAUCGGGCAUAUUUGGAUGGAAACACUUUCGGAUCAAUGGAUAAUCACAAUGAUUGGCAGGCACCAAGACUAGUUGCCGGAGAAUGGAGCACUUGCUCAUCGACUUGCGGCACGGGUGUCAUGUCGCGCACCGUUGAAUGCGUUGCAGUCAAUCCGAUUUCUUCGGCGCCCAUCAAACUUCCAAUGUCCGAAUGUCAGGAUCAAGAGCAACCAAAACUAUUCGAGUCAUGUGAAGUUCGUAGUUGUCCUUUACAAGAAGAUUCUAAAUUAAGUGAAGAUGAAGCUCCUUAUCAAUGGAGAUAUGGUGAUUGGACACAAUGCAGUGCUUCUUGCCUUGGAGGAAAACAAAAAGCUGCUCUCAAAUGCAUUCAGGUCUCAACUGGAAAGUCUGUACAAUGGUCUCAAUGCGAUGCGCGACGACGUCCACCAGAGAAGAGUCGCCCGUGUAAUCAGCACCCGUGUCCUCCGUUCUGGCUCACAUCAAAAUAUUCCGAUUGUUCGAUGUCGUGUGGAAGUGGUACCGCUCGAAGAAGUGUCAAGUGUGCACAGACUGUGAGCAAGACUGAUGGAGCAGAUGCUCAUAUUGUACUUCGUGAUGAUCGAUGCCAUUUCAAGAAGCCACAGGAGACGGAAACAUGCAAUGUUGUUGCUUGUCCAGCUACUUGGGUGACGGCACAAUGGACUGAGUGCUCACGUUCAUGUGAUUCUGGUGAACGCCGCCGUCAAGUUUGGUGUGAGAUCCGAGAUUCUCGUGGAAAAACUCAACGUCGUCCUGAUGUCGAAUGUGAUGCAAACACAAAGCCACAAACUGUCGAGGUCUGCAGUUUUGGUUCCUGUUCUCGACCGGAAUUACUAUCAAAUCGGGUCUUUGAACAAAAUGCUGAACAAAAGAAAUUGACAUUGGGAAUUGGUGGAGUGGCGACACUGUAUCAAGGAACUAGCAUAAAGAUUAAAUGUCCAGCUAAAAAGUUUGAUAAGAAAAAGAUAUAUUGGAAAAAGAAUGGAAAGAAAAUCAAGAAUGAUGCUCAUAUUAAAGUUUCUGCAAACGGAAAUCUGAGAGUAUUUCAUGCAAGAAUGGAAGAUGCUGGUGUAUACGAGUGUUUUACUGAUAGGCUUCAAGGGAAUGUUACCUUGAAUUUCAAAUAUCGCGAUUUCCCUGCUUCAAGAGUAGAUCUUGCUCCAAAACCUCAAAUUCCAUCAACAAAGAAUAGACAACGAGUUCAAGUGAGCAAAGAAGAUGUGCUUCGCGAGCAAGCAUCUGUGCUUCACAAGAUGAACGUCUCUCUAAUUGAAGCAUUGCUUACCGCACCAAAUGAUGAAAAAGCACGUGAACAGCUGAGAAAAUACGGAAAUGAGUUGGUUGCUCGAUGGGAUAUUGGGCAUUGGUCAGAGUGUAGACAAAAGACGUGCCACGUGGCAGGCUAUCAGGCGCGUGGUAUUUCUUGCAAGGUGACCUUCCACGGAGAAAUUCGAAAUGUUGACAACUCGAUAUGUGAAUCACUUGCAUCAGUUCGUCCACCAGAAACUCGUCCAUGUCAUCGAGAAGAUUGUCCAAGAUGGGAAGCAUCUCAAUGGUCAGAAUGUUCGUCUCAACGUUGUGUAAGCAGUAUGUUGGCACAAAAACGACGAAAUGUUACAUGCCGAUUCACAAACGGAACAUCUGUGGACAUUCAACAUUGUGAUAUUACAAAUAGACCAGCUACCACUAUGGAUUGUCCAAAUCAAAACUGUAAAGCGGAAUGGAGAACCUCAGACUGGGGUUCAUGUAGUUCAGAAUGUGGUACAGGAGGUGUUCAACUUCGUCUUCUCUCCUGUGUAUGGAUAUCUUCUGGACGUCCAGCAGGCAGAAAUUGUGAACAAAUGCGUCGACCGCAUUCUGCAAGAGCAUGUGUUGCCGAUGAACCACUUCCACCGUGUAUGCCAACUGCAAGUGCUCUUUACCAAAGAGACGCCUCAUGCCAAGAUCAGUCCCGAUUCUGUGACAUUAUCAAACUGUUCCACUCAUGUGACUCAUUGGAAGUUCGUCAAAAAUGUUGUUCUACGUGUACAUUUGUCGAGAGAAAGAAGUUUUAAAAAUUAUUUAUGUAGUUUGUAGUGUUGUUUUUUUCAAUUUAUUUUAUUUCAUUGUAUUUAAAAAAUAUCUAUUCAAGGAAAAAAUAUUUAUUUUCAUUUUUUCAAAUCAUAAAACUUUAAAAAUACCCGA